ACUUUGCCGCGUUCGCGUUCGCGUUUGUCACAGUUACAAUUUACCACUCGUCGGCGACGGACGCGCGCUCUCCGCAGCCCAGAAAAGCAAAGCGUAAAUCAAAGAAAAGCUCGCUCAGCUAACGGUUCUUCAGGAGCGUUUCUAACACCACCACGUACCCGCUCACGUACGCGCACACGCACACACACGAGCCGCAGUCGUCAGGCCGUCUCGUAUAAAAUCUGUUGCAUCACUGCUGCGGCACUUCAGUCGUUCGAACGCGUGCGGCCGGAGAAGUGCAGUUUCGAGUUAACAAACUGCAGACUGUAGACUGUAAACUGUGCGCUGUAAACUGUAAACUGUGAACUGAAAACUGAAAACUGUAAACAAACGGAAUCGAAUAUUUUGCGAAAGAAUCGGAAGCAAACAGGCUACGAUGCUCGGCUGCAGUGACCACUUAGGCAGCCUAAGAUGAAGCACACGGAUUAGCGAGACAUCCGAGCGAACACUUCCAAAGACCCACUUACCUCAGUGCAAUGCUUUAGGCGCCAAACACACCCAGUUUACUCCGAAAUCCGAACUCUAAAAGCAGCCAAAAUUAACGCUCUACAAGGCAUCAAGAUUCUACCCUCCUUCGCGCAACUGAAAAUGCUGAACAUGGAGUCGCCGCAGAUGUACGCCGAUGCCGUUCAGACAUUGGCCCAGCUGGACCUCAAGAAGGAGCCGCCGCUGCAGCAGGCCACCAUUGGCCAGAUCACCCUGACGGCCAUGUCCACGGCGCAGCAGCAACAGCAGCAGCAACAGCAGCAGCAGCAGCAACAGCAGCAACAGCAGCAACAGCAGCAGCAGCAGCCCCAGCAGCAGACCACCGAUGCGAACAACAACACUUCCCAGGACGCGGCCCUCCUGGUCAAGCAGCACGCCAUGCACCAGAUGCAACAGGUCGCCGCCCUGGGCAGCAACAACAACCUGCUGCAGAAGCAGAUGCUGCAGCAGUACACCACCCAGACGGACCUGGACGAUCUGACCACCCAGGAGAUCACGCUCGACCUGCAGCACCUGAUAGACGACCAGUUCAGGGACACGGAAACGCUGGGCAUCUUCAGCGACAUGGUGACCAGUCCGGGCGGGCUCUCGGCCACUCUGCCGCCCAACGGCAUGGUCUCGGCGGCGGCGAAGGUCCUGCAGCAGCAGACCCUGCGGAACCAGCACGGCUACGGGGGCAGGGGCGGCGGCGGCGGAGGAGCAGGAGGCGCCCUGGCCUACAUGCCGCAGCCCGUGCACGCCACCUACAACAAUUCCAGCGACGAGAACAGCUCCGUGGGCUCCGACUCCAGCACGAUCAAGGAGGAGCCCAUCGACCCCGAGUACAGGCGGCACCUGCAGGAGGCGGCCAGCCAGCAGGCAGCGUUCAUGGGCAACGGCGCCGGGCUCUACAACGGCUACGGAUCGGGGGCGAAUGGCUUGUCCGGCGGCGGAAACCCACUGAAUGGGGGCAACACCACGCCCAGCAGCAACGGGAGCAACGGCAGCACGGGCAGCAGCAACGGCAGCCAGUUCACCAACCUGACCACGGCCAACGUCCUGGCGCACCACAACCUGCCCCACCUGGCGGCCGCCGCAGGAGCGCACAACUUGCUCAAGCAGCACAGCAAGCUGCACGCGCAGCAGCAGCACCAGCAACACCAGCAGCAGCAGCAGCACCGCAAGCACAGCAACAAGCACGUGGACAAGGGCACGGACGAGUACCGCAGGCGGCGGGAGCGGAACAACAUUGCGGUGCGCAAGAGCCGCGAGAAGGCCAAGGUGCGCUCCCGCGAGGUGGAGGAGCGGGUGAAGAGCCUGCUCAAGGAGAAGGACGCCCUCAUCCGCCAGCUGGGCGAGAUGACCAACGAGCUGCAGCUCCACAAGCAGAUCUACAUGCAGCUGAUGAACCACGCCAAUCCCGAAGUGAGUCGCGCCUGCCGCAGCUUCCUCAACACCAACGAGCACUCGCUGUAGCUGCGCAGCUAGUGUAUCCUGAGUGCAUAUGUGUGUUUGUGCGAGUGUGUGUGUGUGUGACUGCCCGAGUGUGUGUGUGCUCCAGCACGCAAGUGUGUGCGUGCGAGAGACUCUGCUAAAUCAAAGAUUCAAAUGCUGUGUGGGUAGCUCGUAAGUCCAUUCUCCUCCUGCUCUUCAUUCUUCAGUCUUCAGUCUUUGGUCUUCGGUCUGCGGUCUGCAGUCUUCAGUCUUCUGGCCACUGCAUCGCUGGGAAGCCAAAACUCUUCUGCCGAACGCUAUGGCAUUCCUUUGUACAUUUACUCUAGCCCCAUUUCUUGUUAUCAGUGUAUAGCAUAUUUUUGUACUUAAUUCUAACGACUGUAACAUAUAUUGCGCACGUUUUUUAUACAUAAUCUUAUACGUUAUAUCUUAUCAUAAAGUUAAGCCAAAGAAAAAUGUUAAAAAUAUAAUAAUGUAAAAAAGAGUAACACGCAGGAAAGAAGAACGAAAAUACAAACAUCAACAUCAAAAAUCAAAAAUCAAACAUCAAACCUAUUAACUAUUUAUACAUCUAAUUCAAAUGUGUACAUUUCUCGACGGUGUGCGGCUUCGCCCUUGCUUCAUGCCACGCCCACUGCCCCGCCCUGCCCCGCCCAGCCCCGCUUGACACACAACAUUAGCAAAUCUCUAGUUCUUAAGUCGGAGCAUCAAGCAACGCUUCACCUGCAAGCCCACAAACCCCAGAGGGCUCCAUCCGCAUCCCGAUCAACCAUUUGUGGCGAUCCGAGUGACGAGUUCGCUUCCGAGGGCGUAGAAGAUAUGAAUGCUAUUAAUUGUAAGGCCAACGCAAUGUUCUCAUUUUAAUUUAUAUAUUCGUAAAUUAAAUAUACACAAACAAAGAAAACUG